CAACGGUAUCGAUUUUAUAAACACCAAUUCCAAUCACCUCAAUGUCUGAUCAACAAGGAUACAACCCUGAUAAAUUGACCCAGGACUUCCAAAACGCCUCUCUUGGCGGUGCUGCUGGUUCUCAAGGUCAAGGUCAACCACAACAACAACAACAACAACAGCAACAACAGUAUGCUGCUUAUGGUCAACAAAAUUACUAUAACGCUGGAAAUGCUCAAGCAUUUGUUCCCCAAGGUGGUUACCAAGGUCAAGCUUAUAAUUAUAACCAAUAUAAUGCUCAACAACCUCAACAACAAUCUAACCAAGGUUAUCAAGGAAAUUACCAAGGUCAAGGUUAUAACAAUACCUAUAAUAAUAAUAAUAAUAAUAAUAAUAACAGAGGUGGUUAUCAAAAUUAUAACAAUAAUAAUAAUAGAGGUGGAUACCAAAACAAUAAUAGAGGAGGUUACACUAAUAACACCAGAGGUAACUAUCAAAACUAUAAUACCAGAGGAAAAACUUCUACUGGUACUCAAGGAAUGUCAUUAGCUGAUUUCCAAAAACAACAAGCUGCUAGUCAAUCUUCAUUGAAUGCUGCUCCAAAACCAAAAUUAAAAUUAGCUUCAUCUUCAACUAUUAAACUUCCUCCAAAGAAAGAAGUUACUCCUGUUGCUUCUAAAGAAGCUUCACCAGCCCCAGCUGCUGUUGUUACUCCUGUUGCAGCUGUUGUUCCAGAAGUCGCUGCUCCAGUUGAACCAAAGAAAGAAGAACCUGUAGUGGAAGAAAAGAAAGAAUCAACUCCAGCUCCAGCUCCAGUUGAAGAAGUUAAAAAGGAAUCAACUCCAGUUCCACAACCAAAAUCAGCUGCUUCAUCAGUCCCAGUCUCUGCCACUAACUCUGUUAGAGAAGGUACUCCAAGUGCUGUUGUUGGUGCCGAUGCUCUUAUUAAAGAACAAGAAGAUGAAGUUGAUGAAGAAGUUGUUAAUGAUUUAUUCGGUGGUAAAGAUCAUGUAUCUAUUAUUUUCAUGGGUCAUGUUGAUGCUGGUAAAUCCACUAUGGGUGGUAAUCUUUUAUAUUUAACUGGAUCAGUUGAUAAACGUACCAUUGAAAAGCAUGAAAGAGAUGCCAAAGAAGCUGGUAGACAAGGUUGGUAUCUUUCUUGGGUUAUGGAUACCAAUAAAGAAGAAAGAAAUGAUGGUAAAACUAUUGAAGUUGGUAAAGCUUAUUUUGAAACUGAUAAAAGAAGAUAUACUAUUUUAGAUGCUCCAGGUCAUAAAAUGUAUGUUUCUGAAAUGAUUGGUGGUGCUUCACAAGCUGAUGUUGGUAUUUUAGUUAUUUCUGCCAGAAAGGGUGAAUAUGAAACUGGGUUUGAAAAGGGGGGUCAAACUAGAGAACAUGCUUUAUUAGCCAAAACUCAAGGGGUUAAUAAGAUUGUGGUUGUGGUUAAUAAAAUGGAUGAUCCAACUGUUGCAUGGUCUAAAGAACGUUAUACUGAAUGUAUUACUAAAUUAAGUGCUUAUUUAAGAGGUAUUGGUUAUGCUAAAGAAGAUAUUGUUUCUAUGCCAGUUUCAGGUUAUACUGGUGCUGGAUUAAAAUUAAGAGUUGAUGCUAAUGAUUGUCCAUGGUAUACUGGUCCAUCAUUAUUAGAAUAUCUUGAUAAUAUGGAAACUGUUAAUAGAAAAAUCAAUGCUCCAUUCAUGUUACCAAUUUCUGGUAAAAUGAAAGAUUUAGGUACUGUUAUUGAAGGUAAGAUUGAAUCAGGACAUAUUAAAAAGGGAGGUAAUUUAAUUAUUAUGCCUAAUAAAACCAAUGUUGAAAUUUUAACUGUUUAUAAUGAAACUGAACAAGAAUGUGAAGCUGCUUAUUGUGGUGAACAAGUUAGAUUAAGAUUAAAGGGUGUUGAAGAAGAAGAUAUUCAACCUGGUUAUGUUUUAUCAUCUCCUAAAACCCCGGUUAAUACCGUUACUAAAUUUGAAGCUCAAAUUGCUAUUGUUGAAUUAAAAUCAAUUUUAUCUAAUGGAUUUUCAUGUGUUAUGCAUUUACAUACUGCUAUUGAAGAAGUUAAAUUUGUUGAAUUAAAACAUAAAUUAGAAAAAGGUACUAAUAGAAGAUCUAAAAAACCUCCUGCCUUUGCUAAAAAGGGAAUGAAGAUUAUUGCUGUUUUAGAAGUUUCUGAAUCUGUUUGUGCUGAAACUUAUGCUAACUAUCCUCAAUUAGGUAGAUUUACUUUAAGAGAUCAAGGUACAACUAUUGCUAUUGGUAAAAUUACUAAAUUGUUAUAA